UGGGAAGCUACUAACCCUACCACCAGAUUUGUGGCGUCUCAAGGUAUGGUUAUGCCAACAAGAAGAAGAAGAAGAAGAAGAAUAAGAAGAAGAAGAAGAAGGACCCAACUCACUUAUGGCUCAUGAUGCCACACCAUUCCUUCCCCAACACUUGAGCAAAGCGAAAUGCGCUGUGAGCUACAUACCAUACAGACAAUUUGUGGAUCUCUGUAUCCAAUCUCUCAUCGUCCCACUUGCACUUUCCUACCUUUACUUGCAAAUGAAGCCUGGCCACAUCCCCCCCGUCGCUCUUCCUUUUAAGCUCCCCAGGUAGAUUGGACCAAAACAUCGAGGAGGAGGAGGAGGAGGAGGUGGUGGGAGGGUGAGCCAUGAGCUCCCGGUGCAAGUCUUCUCUGGGCUUCGUGGACGCACGUGUGCCGGUGAGAGCAACCUACGUGAACCUCUACAAGUGGCCAGAAUCCGACGCCGAAUUCGUGAAGUCGGUGACGAGAAGAAGGGGGAAAGUCGACGGUCGCAGUGGCGGCAGCAACCUCGAGGGAGGGAGGAAGUGGAGCGCCGCACCGACGGCCGUGGACAGCUACUCGUGCCGGCAGAUGUACCUGAGAAGUUACACUUUCUCUCGGAGGGAGAGUGUUCCUGAGAAGACACAACGGUGCCUCGGAAGAGUCAGGGAGACGGCCGCCGUGUUUCCUUUCCGCCAACGCAAGAACCAAGGCACCGCAGGUGGCGUCAAUGGUGAUGCUAAUAAUAAGAACAUUCCAAACAGAAGGAUGAAGACGGAAAGGAAGAAGAAGGCUUGUGUGACAGUAAGGAAGCUAAGAGAGGUCUCCUACUCCACGCUCUGUUUCAUCUUCCAUCGCCUCCUUUCUUGCACUGCAAGAGUCGAGGUGGUGCGUCGAGGGUGCAAAUUACCACAGAAUUCACACUCCUCUCUUUUUCCUGUUUCUUAAGCUUAAUAAUGGUUUUCUUCAGCAUUAGUGUGUGUCUCUGUGCUUUCUUCUCCGAAAGUUCUAUAGAGGUGAACAAGAAAACGAGUCUGGUCUUUAUA